CAGUGAGAAUGCACGUGGGCGGCUGUGUGAAUAGAAUGUGGAAAGUUUUCAGGUGUCCUCCCAUUGACAAACCUACUCCAUGCUGUAGCUGUGAGUGAGUGAGUGAGUGGUCAAUAAGAAAGCGGAGGUAUUCUGUCAGGCAGUGAGCGAUACAGUGAGAAGUUGGGCAGGCAUCAGAGAGGACGCGUGUGUCAAAUCAGGAUCAGAAAAUGUUCUGUAGGACACACUCUACCUGUGUACCUGCUGGAUAACUCAGGAUACGUUCUCGCCCACAACACUUGGAAAACUUAGUGAAAUGGAUGUACACGAUGGCUUAUUAUUUCGCCUGUUAAUACCUCCUAGUUCAACUUCCAAUAUGGUUGGAGAGGUUGUUGUCGAGCUGUGGGUUGUUGUCAUGUCCCCGCAGUGCCGAUAGUGGUGCUGUGUGGAGUCUACCGAGGACCGAGCUAAAUAAAACCCCAGCAGCCCGUACUUCCAAUGUUAGCCGUGGAUAAAAUACUUUUAAAUGCCUCGUUGCUUUAAAAUUCAUGGCGUACGACUUCAAAAAGGAGUAUUAUCCGUAGCAUAUCGAGUACCGAUGCAUAACCGGUGGCGCUGGUUACAUUAGGCAUUUCCACAGUCUAUCCGGAGCGAGUACCCCGUAGCGCCUAGACUAAUUGAAGCUGAUGUUUUCAAGGACCAGAGUCACGUGAUGUACGAGGGGAAACACAUACACUUCUCGGAGGUGGACAAUAAGCCAUUGUGCUCAUACAGCCCCAAGCUCUGCAAGCAACGCAGACUUAACGGAUACGCCUUCUGCAUACGACAUGUUUUAGAGGACAAGACAGCUCCAUUCAAACAAUGUGAAUAUGUGGCCAAGUACAACAGCCAGCGAUGCACCAACCCUAUCCCCAAAGCUGAGGACCGUAGAUACUGUAACAGCCACCUGCAAGUGCUGGGCUUCAUCCCUAAGAAAGAGCGCAAGAAGAAGCAGGAUGCAUUGGAGUCUGUAGCAUUGAACAUCACCGUUCCCUCUCUGGCUCUUAAAGCCACAAAUGGGCUGGAUGGCUUGCCUCCUUCGCCCACCUACACCCGCCUACCCCCCCUCACCCUUCCUGACACAGACCUGCUUGACCCCUUCGCCUUCUAUGAGGAGGACACAGAUAGAGGAGAGAAUGCUGCGCAGAAGAACGCCAUCAUUAAAAGAAAACCACAUAGUCGGCUAGUGCUUGGUCAGCAAGGGCCAACUCAUGAUACUGACCUUUCUGUACCCACUUCAGAAGCCUUCAUCCCCGUCACAGUGACCUGCACACUGCCCAGCUCUCCACAUCUACCACCCCCACCUCCACCACAACCACCUCUGUCAUUGCCUCCUCCUCCUUCUCCUCCCCCUCCUCCUCCUCUACCUCCUAUUCCUCCACCACAGCCACCUAGACUUCUCCCAUCCACCCCACAUGCAAUUCUGUCCCCGUACAUCCAGCAUUCGGAACCACAGGGUCUGCUAUGCAAGCCAAUCCCACCUCAGACUGGAGCCUCUCUGGUGCCCAGUGUGCCUCCGCCAACAGGCCAACAGACCCAGCCUCUCACUCGGAAACUCAUCCUCACACCCUCUGGUCAUCCACCUUCUGCCCAGGACUGCCCACAGCCCCGUCCAGUGGCAAUGAGACCCACUGCCUUCACAGCACCCCCUGCCUGCCUGCAGAGGCUUCAGCAUCUAGUGCAGCUCUGUGCCCAGAGACAUCGAGAGCAUGGAGACCUUUUUCCUCAUCUUGGGCUGGACUGGUCUGAAGACAGUGCGGAUGAGGAUGGUGAAUCAGAAGAAAGAAUUCCUUCAUCACCUCAAGCCUGGAGAUUACGGGAAGGGAGUCUUCACCAUCAUUUUCUUUCCAAAGGUACGGAGCCACGGCGGUCUCGGAUAGCUCGUUUGUGCACGUACCUGCAGGAGCGCUACAAGCACCUUUGUAGGGAGGAGAGAGCUGCCAUGCGUCAGAAAAGAUACAGAUAUGUCUUCAGGAAAGCUCUUCUCCACGCAGCCAGCAAAGACCCAGACUGCACUGGGGAACUUAUCCAGCAGCUUAGCAAAACCUCUCACACCUCUAACAGUUCUAGACCUGCAGGGCAGCAGGAAGUGGAAAAAGUUGUGUGUACAGGAAGCACCAAGGGUCAGACCUGCAACAACCCAGCUCUGCCUUUCACACGCCACUGCUUCCAACAUAUCCUGGUGAAUCGCUCACAGCAGCUCUUCUCCAGCUGCACAGCUCGAUUUGCUGAUGGACAGCAGUGCUCUGUCCCUGUCUUUGACAUAACACACCAGACGCCUCUCUGUGACGAACAUGCUAAGAAAAUGGAUAAUUUCUUGCGUGGGGACGGAAACAGGCGAGUGCAGCAGCAGUUGCAUCAGCAGCAACGGCGACCGCGCAAGAAGAGUAAACCACCAGCACUGACGAAGAAACACAAAAAGAAAAGAAGGAGAGGACCACGGCGUCCACAGAAACCUAUCCCUCCUGCCCUGCCACAGGGCAACCUGCCCAUGCCCCCCACAUUGGCACUGCCCACUCACCAUGCUAGCAUCAGGAGUCCCUCCACAUCUGACCUUGGUGCAGAUGAGCUUCCUGAUGACAUCACCAGUGACAUAGCAGACAUUCCAAAUGACUUGGAGUUAAAUCAGGAAGACUUCUCUGACGUGCUGCCCAGGCUGCCUGAUGACCUGCAGGACUUUGACCUGUUUGAAGGUAAGAAUGGGGAGUUGCUACCCACUACAGAAGAAGCAGAGGAGUUGGUGCGAGCACUGCAGGCAAUGGGUUCAUAUCCGGAUUCACUGGCUUGUUUGACCUCUAUGGGCGAGCUGGCCCCAGCUGACGGAGUUGAUCACCGCACUAUGAGCGUCUUCUCCGGAUCAGGGGUUACGGCAGCAGGCAUGGGGGACCUCCUGAACGGCCGAAUAGCAACAGACAACUUUUCCAGUUUGGAACUAGAGGAUAAUCUCCUUCACACCUCAGCAGAUGAUCAUUUUCCUCCCUCCCCAUCUCCGCAGCCACCUUCAACCUCAGACCCAACAGCGGUGACCCCUGCAGGCCCCAACAGCACACUGACAGAGCGAACGUUCACUCACCCUACUCUCUCUAAAGCUGAGCAUCCUCUGCCCUCUCCGCCAGGCAGUCAUUACAGCAGUGAGCAUGUGCCAUCGCCCUACAGUGACCAUAUGUCCUCCCCCCACACUGGCUCCUAUCAGGCAGAGCCUCCUCUGAUGCUGGAGGUACCUCUUGGCGGCUUACCAGGUGCUCCUCGAGCCUCCUGGAGUAACUUACCACUCGCACUCACAGAUCCAGCACAGUUUGGUAACCUCUUGACACCUGACACUCACCUCCUCUCCACCUCCCUUUCCACACCUCCCUCUAACCCACACUCAGCAGCACUUCAGCCCACUGCAGCACUGUCUGCCCUGCCCCAGCCAGGCCUCACUUCACCCCCAGCACCCUCUAUGUCCCCCUCGAACUCUCCCAGAGACCUGCUCGCCUCCACUCAGCCCAAACUCCAGCUCCCACAGUUCAGUGCAGCCUUUGGCCACCAGCUGGUCUCUCACAGCGGUAUCCCUAAAGACCUCCAGCCCAGCCACAGCUCCACAGCACCCCCUACAGGCUUCACCAUCGCCAGUGCCACUGCUGCAAGUGCCAACAGAGCAGCUCCUCCUUUCCAGCAAAGCAAGUGAAUAGAAAAGGCAGGCCUGCACACAAACCAAUAGCAAAGCUUUAUUCAGGGUUCAGUCGCAGUGCGCUUCUGCUGGCCAAUAUAAGUCUUCUGUCACUGUCUACCAAGUGUCAAGAAAUGUGCAGUUUUUGUAAGAACAUUUUAGUCUGUCUAAAAGAUUAAAUAAAUAAAAUAAUGAUAAUGGUAGGCCUGUCACGAUAAUUACAUUAUUGACAAAAUGUGGACAUAAAUUUCAUAAUUAUUGUCUAUUGUGUUGAGCUGCCUGUUUGUUUAUACAUGAAUGGAGGUUGUGCAUAUUUUAGCCAGUCACCAGUCACAUUAAUUUGUCUUGCCUGCUUUCUGUCAGAGGUGGGGGCUCAAGUCUGUGAGAAUCGGCAUCAUCUGUGGUGUAGGAACAUAUUGCUUUUUUUUUUUUUUUUUUUUUUUGAAAAAACAUUUGAAAUUAUUCUGCAAACUUAUAGGCUUUGCAAAUCAUUGAAAAAUGUUUACCUUAUUAUUAUUCUUAUUAUUAUUAAUAAUAAAUGUUAUAAAUGUAUACAUCAGUAUAUCAGUGCCAUAAAAUUUUUUAAAGAUGAUAUAAUAUUGUUUAUUACAAUUAUUUCUGGGACAGCCACAAAAAAUAGUUAUUGUGACGGGCUUGCCAUCUGAAAAAGAUUUUAAACACAUUAAUUAAAUAUAAAAUAUAUAAUUUAUUAUUUCCGUUAUUAGCUCAUGCAUUAGUGAACUGUUUUGUUUAGUUGGCUUGUGUGCAGAGCCUCUGUGUUUGUUUAUGUGAGGGUAAGUGUUCAGAACUGUAUUGGGGAGGAUGAUUUUUUUUUUUCUUUUUUUUUUCUUUUUUCUUUCUUUUUUGAAGAGACUCUCCCUAUCAUGAUGACGUUGUCGUUGUUGUGCCGAGUUCAGUGUCUCUGACUCAUUCAGUGACCCCAAUUUAACGCAAAUAUGUCUCUUAGCUGUCACCAUGUUACUGCCUCACCUACAUCAUUGCUUCCUCCGUUACUCACCCAUCUCUUCAUGCAAGGGUUCAUUGAGUGGAAAUGGAUAGCAGUAUAAGUCUCAGUGUAUCUCUGGUCUAUACUACUCCAUUCACAUCUCUGUUUAAAACCCUGAUCACAGUGAGGGCGCUUCUAAUAAUGACACAAUCAGCCAAACGUCUUUUAACCUGGAGAUUUUAUAUUGCACUGUACAUAUUUAUUGUUUUAUCAGCUUAUGCAGACACUCAGAUGAAAAAUCUAACUCAGUGGACCUAGCCUGGGCUGUAGACUUUUCCUGUUCAGAGACCUCACAGACAGCUGAAGAGAAAACCUGGUUACUCAAAGCAAUAAAACACAUCAGCAUAUUCUUUCAUGCUCACAGUAUUGAACUGCGUGUCAAGUCAAGAAAAAUUGUGUACCUCAUAGCACCUAGACUGCUAGCUCAUGCACUGUGGAAGUGUCGGUCUGUGGAAAAACAAAAAAAACGAAUAAAAGCUGAACUGUUUAUUGGUCAUAGCAGAGCUAAAGCUAGGCUGUGUUAUAUUUGUUUCGAUAUUUAAAAUAAUUUUAGUAUAAAACCAAUAUGGAACGCUUACAUAAAUUAUGAAAUAGCUUUUAUAUUUGACGAAGUGGAAAAGAAAAUGCAUAUAUAAAACCGAAGUUUUCACCAAAUAUAUGUGGAUGUUGCUCUUUAUGGUGCUUAAUAUUAGGUUUAGAUUAAAACAGCCUAGUGAGGUCUCUCCUUUCUCCUCAGCCAAGAGCAGAGCGGUCUCUUUUAAUAGACACAAGGAACACAUGGAUGAAUAGUUAAUCAUAUCACCUUAAAUUACCCUGCCCCUGCUGUGCUGGGUGGGACCUAUGGUGCAAUUUUUAUGGAGCAGGGCUGUGUUCAUAGAUGCCAACAUUGUCUCCUCAUCAGAUUUUCACAGUAAUCUUCAACCAGGCACUAUACUGUCUGCUAGCCAGCCCAUUCACUAAACUGCAGUAGAGUCUGCAUUGCAUUAUUCAACCUGAAACUGAGAAGCAGCACAGGGAAAUUUAUUCUUUCUCCCAAUGUGAUCCUGGCCUAUUAUUUCUUAUUUUUAUUCUUCAUCAGCUAUGACGGUAAAACAUGGGGUUUUGGUAGAUUUUAGAAACAGAAUGAUUGAUUAUCGCAUAUUGUCAUGUGUUACUAUUAUUAUUAUUAAUAUUAUUAUAUAGAGUAGGAAUUGGGUUUUAAUGGUGAGGUUAACUCAAUGACAGUGGACUGACUGGUUAUGAGGUUUUAAAAAAAGAAAAAAUAAUUUGCAGAAGACCAAGUGGAGUUCUAGUUUUGUGGUGUACCCGUCACUAGGUUUAAUGGCUAUCAAAUUUCUAGUGAUUAAUAUUUAAAUUAAUUUAAUGACUAUUGUUUGUGUAGUCUUGUAAUUUAUUUGGACAAAAAGACUGUGAUUAUGUCAGUAUUUUUGAUAGCUAUUAAAAUCCAGAUAGCAGUUAUGGCUGCAAGAUUGGUGUUUGCAUGAAACAUGAACAAAAUGAAGAAAAAAAGACACAACUUUGACCUGCAUUGUGACGUAACUAGCUGGAUUCCCGAUGGAAGCUUGUGUCCAAAGAGAAAGAAAGCUAAUUAAGAAUGCCAUUGUGAUGAUAAGUAAGCAUACUGGAACAUGUUUGUCCUUUUUUGUUUGUUUUUGCACAAAUCAAAAUUGAAGCAUACUUAUUUUAAUUGUUGUCCAUUUAUCACAUGGGUCACCUCUCAGUUGUAAUCGUGCUGUUGUAGCAUCAGUGAUUUCCAGCACAAGCUAGUGUGUUCUAGUAGUGAAUCAAGGCCUGAACCAAGCUCCGCCUUCUGGAAGAGCAAAGAGAGAAUUUACCAAUUUAUCGAUUUAUUGGUUCAAAGAAAUUAUGUGAGCAGAAAACACUCAGAUUCUCAGCACCUUCUCCUGUCUGCCUGUAGUCACACUAAUCUAGGAUUUGAAUUAGCUGGAACAUUACUCACAAAGAAGGUGGUCCUGCUGUAUUUCACUUAAAGCAUGAGAAGAUUUACUGCACAAAGAAACUUCAGUCAACCCUCUAAAGCAACCCGUCUUCAGGGCUCUGUUGGCACUCGAACCUGCUUGAAAUCUGAAAGAUGGCUGACAAAUUCCUAUACUCAUUGAAUGUACUGUAUAACUGUUUUUAAAACGAUAGGAUGAGCUAAUAAUAAUCUAGUCACCUUUUGUUAUUGGUCCUUGUUUAAUUUGUCUAAGGUAUUUUUUUUGUAUACAAAGUUUACAUUUUUAUGUAUAUUUUUCUUGUACAAUUAUGUAAUAUGUGUAUAAACAUUGUAUGUAAUAUCUGUAUAUAGUGUGACCAUUUGAUCUUUGUUUUUGGACGUAUGAAUAAAACUUGCUGUGCGGA